GGCGUGUCACUUCCGCUUCCGCUCCCUGUCGUCCUGGUGCCUGCCUGGGUGGAAGCGAGGGGCUUGAGCGCUCUGGGUCGGGCACCUCCAGUGUGGGGAGGCCAGCGUCACAUUCAUAACAGCCUCGUGUCCAAGUCGGUGUUGACGUUAGAUCGGGAUGAUUGAAGUCGUUUGCAAUGAUCGGCUGGGCAAGAAGGUGCGAGUGAAGUGCAACCCCGAUGACACCAUUCGAGACCUGAAGAAGCUCAUCGCUGCCCAGACCGGCACUCGGUGGGACAAGAUUGUGCUAAAGAAAUGGUAUACAAUUUUCAAGGACCACGUGUCGCUGGCAGACUAUGAAAUCCAUGACGGCAUGAAUCUGGAGUUAUAUUAUCAGUAGCAUGUGCUGACACUUUUGUAAGGCUGAAUGCUAUCUUUUCUAGGACUUUUGUUUUUAAUUUAUCAUCAACAUCGAUCUUUUGUGACCUGAGAUUUGGUUCGCAGUAUUUUAGCUUUGAGGGCAAUAAAUCAGAAAACCAGUUCUUGUUUUUUUUUUAAAUAUAUAUGGAUGUUUAUAAUAAAUGUGACCUCACAACUUG